AUCGACAGCUCUUGGCAUACAUCGCACGAAGUUGCCGUGAACUCCUGAACAUUCCCGGAGGAGAGUGCGGCCGGUGAUGUUGGAAUCAUUGCACGCGCGGUCUACUGCUUGAAGGAAAGGAGACUGCAGUCAGAGUGAGACGACGAGGAGAGGAGAGGAGAGAGGAAAGUGGUGCGUGGUGUGAGGAGCGUGGAGGCAGCCACGUGGGUGCGCCACGCAUGCUGCCGCAGCAAGACGGCGAGUGACUCCAGCUCUACGCGAGAUGCCGGGACUGUGCGAGACAUAGAGUCAUAGAGACGGUGCAUUACAACACGAGACAGGGACGGCGUGAGACACCGCGGCGACAAGAAGUAGAGACUGUGUAAGGCAGUGCACAAGAUAAUAAUGGUGUAAGACACUGGAACAGCCAGAGACAGAUGGUGUGAGUCAAUGGAGACAUAGGAGGAGGUGAGAGACGCCGGAACUACAAGAAACAGAGACGGUGUGAGAUAUAGGAUUGUUGCAGAUACCAAGACAACAGGGAACAGGAUCACUGGAAGUCGCCGGCACAACGUGAGACACAGGACACCGGGAAGGGACGAGAAACAUAGAGACAGCAGUAGGAACCAGGAAACUGGAGGGUGUAGCAACGACGGCAGACCACUCUGCGACGUUAGCAGACACCACGACGGUCGGAGACGCCGCGACGACGCCAUCGCACUCCGCGGAGACUUAACGACGGUAACCAAGGCGAUGAGACUGCGAGCGCGACCGGCGGCGCACGCGGCGACGCCGCAGCCUGCGGGCCGCCGCCAGGGAGCGAUGCGAUCACCGCCUGCUAACAGCAGUGCAAAGCGGAAAAGAACCGACACGGAGGCAACAGUGGAGAGCCCCGAAUCUAUGUGCCUGCAGAACGGAGAGUGUGAAGAAUACACUGACAUCAAAAACUUCACAAAGGCAGUGGUGGAAGUCAACACAGUGUCAAAGAGACGACGGUGGGACAGUGCAAAGAAAGAAAACCGAGCUGCAAACUGCGCUGCUCCCUUGGUGGUAAAUGGCUGCGGCGACGAUUGCAAGGACAAGUGCAAAGAUGGCUUCCGCUGUGAAGCAAAUAUUGGCCAGACAGCGGGUCAGGAGACCUUACCCGAUCUCAUCUCCUCUGCACCUUGCACCCCGGUAUCAACCAAGAAGUCAGCGAGGUCUCGAGGUCGGAAGCCAAGUGGGAGACGAAAGCGAACAAAGCGGUCGACCCUCAUAGGGACACUGUUUUCACCCAUAUAUCAGAUGUUUAAUGGACAGAAGAGCGCGGGGGAGACACAGAACCACAAGGCAGCGUCGGAGUGCAGCGACAGCGACUGUGAUGUAGAUACUGUAGCAAAUAAGAUCAACCUGGAGGAACAGCAGAAAGAACAGGGAGGCCACACCAGCCACCAGGGGGCACUUGGCCAUGCGAGCCACCAGGGGGCGCAUGGUCAUGCCAGCCACCAGGGGGUGCAUGGCCACUCCAGCCACCAAGGGGUGCACGGCCAAACCAGCCACCAAGAGGUGUCGCCUCCCGCCAGCACCGACUGUCGUGAAAGUGGAUCGUGCGAGAACGAAGCUUUCAACGCUCGCGACGGAACUGACGGCACCGACGGCGAGAUGCCUGCUCAGGCGCUGCCGAACGGCGGCGAGGGCGCCACCUGUACGUCGGCGGUCGGCGAGUCUGUGCCAGCGUGCCGCGAGGUCGUGUCGCCCGUCUAUGAGACGUACAGCUACAGCGGCUGCUAUGAGUACGAGGGAGAGCCAGCGACGGAGGCGGGUACCUACGAGGAAGAGUGGGACGUGUUUGACCCAUACUAUUUCAUCAAGCACCUGCCACCGCUGACAGAAGAGAUGCGGCGGAGGCACCCGGCACUUCCUCUCCGAACCAGGAGUAGCCCGGAGUUUUCCCUCGUCAUUGACCUGGAUGAGACUUUGGUUCACUGUAGCCUAAACGAACUAGAGGAUGCUGACCUGACAUUCCCGGUCCUGUUUCAAGAUGUCACCUACCAGGUCUACGUUCGCACGCGUCCGUUCCUGCGUGAGUUUCUCGAGCGCGUCAGCACCCUCUACGAGGUCGUCCUCUUCACCGCAUCGAAGAAGGUCUACGCCGACAAGCUACUGAAUCUGCUCGAUCCCGAGAAGAAACUCAUCCGGUACCGGCUUUUCCGGGAGCACUGUGUCUGCGUGCAGGGCAACUACAUCAAGGAUCUGAACAUCCUCGGCCGUGACCUCGCGAGAACAAUGAUCAUCGACAACUCUCCGCAGGCAUUCGGAUACCAGCUGGACAAUGGCAUACCAAUCGAAAGCUGGUUCAUGGAUAAGAGCGAUACAGAACUUUUGAAGCUGCUGCCGUUUCUCGAAAGCCUCGUUAAGCUGGGCCGAGACGUACGACCGCUGGUUCGCGAGAGGUUCCGCAUAUACGAGCUGCUGCCGCCAGACUAAAGGUGGAGCCACGGGACAAAGCAUCUGUCGGCAAUAGAGGAGCUGGCGUCGCCGCGGGCGCAUGGCGUGACCGGUGGAGAGAGCAGACUCGGCGCAAUGGCCAGUGUCCGGACGAUGGCGCCCCCUGCUGUUGCCACUCGACGAUGGCACGCGGCCGACGUGGGCAUCUGUCAGCGGUCGCCACGGAUACCGUCGCCAUGGUUACGGCACGGGCCAGAGUCACCGCGAAUGUCGGCGCAUCCCCCAAAGUUGCCGAGAUGCAUGGCGCCCUCUUGUGGCGUCAUCACCGACGCGCAGAAGCGUCCUUUGUAGGUCGUCGCAGAUGCCGUCAUCGAGGUUAUGGUGACUCUCGGGGGUUGGCACGCGUGCAUUCGUCACGCAAUGAGAGACUGCUCACUCGUGCCGUCUGUGUAUUCACUUUCGUACUAGGUUCUACGCGUUCUAUGCUCUCAUAAGCAGGUGUGAAACUCAAGGCUGGUGCUGAGUUAAAACUGCGUGCAUUGUUCAAGCCGGUUUGAAUGUAGUUUCCUAGUUCGUUGAAAUACUAUAUACGUCGUAACUGGGACAAUUGUAUACAUUAUAUGAAAUAAAUAAUGUUUUAUGAUGAAAUGUAUUAUAUAAACGUUUUCAGUGCCCCGUUUCGGAAAAUUAUAAAAAUGCGAGUAAAGAUGAUUUAUUAUAUUAGGAGUUUAAAGAGUAACAAAUUUUAGAAUUAAAUGUUAUACAAUUAUUAUUGUUACACUGUACAUGUACGUUUGUGUACUAGUUAGGUUUCAAAACAGACAUUUUAGAUGUGUUUUCCCAAUCAUAUAGGCCCACUUAUUGCAGCUGCAGCCAUUCUCUGAAGCAUUGGUAAGGCACGUCUGUUUUUAAUACAGGUAGUCGGUGUAAUGAGUCAUUUUGAUAGAUUUUCUUACCUGUCCGUGGGACCACGAGAUACCGAAAAGUGUGCGGUAUUCCGAUGAAAAUAGGCACCCAAUGACCUCCCAAA